AUGGCCCGCACUAAGCAAACCGCCCGCAAGUCUACUGGUGGCAAGGCCCCUCGUAAGCAGCUCGCUACCAAGCAAGCCCGCAAGACGGCCCCCAAGACGGUCGCUUCUGGUGUCAAGAAGCCCCAUCGUUUCAGGCCAGGAACUGUCGCUCUUCGUGAAAUCCGUCGUUACCAGAAGAGCACCGAGCUCCUCAUCCGCAAGCUCCCCUUCCAGCGUCUCGUUCGUGAGAUUGCCCAGGACUACAAGACCGACCUCCGCUUCCAGUCGUCGGCUGUCCUCGCUCUCCAAGAGGCCGCAGAGGCUUACCUCGUCUCGUUGUUCGAGGAUACCAACUUGGCUGCCAUCCACGCCAAACGUGUUACCAUCCAGCCCAAGGAUCUCCAGCUCGCUCGUCGCCUCCGAGGAGAGCGUGCCACAUAA